AUGGCUCUACCGCCGGCCCAACCUGCUUACAUCCUUCGUGGUCAUGGCUCGCAGAUUCACGCAACGGCGUUCAUACGCUCGAAUACUCGAUUACUGACGGGCGAUGCGGACGGGUGGAUCGUGAUAUGGAGUUUGGCGACGAAGAGACCUGUAGCGGUCUGGAAGGCCCAUGAAGGAUCCAUACUGGGGAUCAAUGCUUGGGGGUCUGAGAAGCUUAUCACACACGGCAAAGACAACAGACUUGUCGUCUGGAAGUUGUCCGAGGAAGAUGAAUCAUCCAUGAGCGUCGUCCUCCCCGUGGACACCCCACCAGAACCACGAAAGCAGCCAUGGCUACUGCAUAUCUUGCAUGUGAAUACCAUGAACUUCUGUUCGUUCGCACAAGCGGAGGUCCCGAGUACAGAACACGAGUUGCUAAUAGCAGUGCCUAACACACUAAGCUCUGAAACAGUUGACAUCUUCCAACUACCGACAUGCCAACGCGUCCACAAUGUUCCUAAUCCUAACUCUUUCAAAGGCGGGAUGAUUAUGGCUUUAUCCAUUUUACAUCAUGACCAAACUGCGGAUUUAACUGUUAUUGCUGGCUACGAGAGUGGACAUACCAUUGUCUUUCAGCAUUCCAGUGGUACUUGGCAAGCACUUUACAGAACUCAAGCACAUAGCCAACCGGUCCUUUCACUUGACGUCGAUCCCUCGAAAGAGUUCUACUUGACUUCCUCAGCUGAUGCCAUUGUCGCUAAGCAUCCGAUUCCAACUUCGGCGGAAAUCGUCAUCAAGUCCAGUGAUGAUGAGCCAUUGAAGAUCUUCAAGACGGGCCAUGCAGGACAGCAGAGUUUAAAAAUAAGGAAUGAUGGAAAAAUAGCCGCGACAGCGGGAUGGGAUAGCAGAGUGAGGGUCUACGGGACGAAGAACAUGAAAGAGUUGGCGGUCCUGAAGUGGCACAAAGAGGGAUGCUAUGCUGUCGCUUUUGCUAAUGUAUUAGAGAACUCGAGCGAGGAGGAGAAGAGCGGGGGCGAGUUGGUGAAGAGAACCACCACACUGACGGUCAAAGGGGAGAGACUUCUGAAGGCCAAGACAGCACAUUGGAUUGCAGUCGGCAGUAAGGAUGGGAAAGUCAGUCUAUGGGACAUCUACUAG